CUGAUGACGUUGUGAACAAGUACAACCUGGAGGGUGGAGAUUUUUGCAUAAAUUUUCUUAUUUUUCGCCACAUUUCCCCUAUUUAUACGAUAGUAAACGAAUCGAGACCAAUUUAUAUCUAUUCACUUGAUAAUUUAGUUGUGGUCGAAACAGAAGAGCUGCCAAAAUGAUGCAGUUCAUGCUGUUGUUCAGUCGCCAAGGCAAGCUCCGUCUGCAGAAAUGGUACAAUGCUCACACGGAUAAAGCCAAGAAGAAAGUCACACGUGAACUGAUCACCAUGAUACUGGCUCGCAAACCUAAAAUGUGUAGUUUUCUAGAAUGGAGAGAUCUGAAAAUAGUUUACAAAAGAUACGCCAGUUUAUAUUUUUGCUGUGCAAUAGAAGAGGAAGAUAAUGAGCUAUUGACACUAGAAAUCAUCCAUCGAUAUGUUGAGCUGUUAGAUAAGUAUUUUGGAAGUGUGUGCGAACUAGAUAUCAUCUUCAACUUUGAGAAGGCGUAUUUCAUGUUAGAUGAGUUACUCCUCGGAGGUGAAGUCCAAGAAACGAGUAAGAAGAAUGUAUUAAAAGCUAUAGCUGCCCAGGAUCUGUUACAAGAAUGAAAUCACCGCAAAUUUGAAACUAAAGACGUAAGUGCUGUCACCUAUAUUUGAAUGAAUUAAUCAUUAUUUUGCCAAUUUGAAAAAUUGACCUGUUCUGCAUGGGUUGUCUAUUGUGUGUGUGAGUCGGAUAUUUUAACUUGCUAGCAAGCGCUUCUUUGACACUGCAUUGUGCCUUUACUGACAGUCACAGCGAAUGAGAAUUUGUUAGGAAUUCAGUGCAUUCAUACGGUGAUCCAUCAUUUCGAUGUGAUAUAACUCGGAAAUCCCUUCUUGGUGCGCCUUUGCAGAUAAAAAUACUAAGGCCCAAAUUCAUAAAGGGCGUUUAAGGGUUAGACAUGUACAACUUCUCUCUAAUCAAUUUCAGGGCCUAUUCAUAUUCUCUGAAGAUUUGCAUGAAGGGCCAGAAUCUGUCUAUUCAGUAGUUAAACGCUGUUUUAAGCUAAACGCCCUUUAUGAAUUUGGCCCUAAUUGUAACCAAAAUUAUACUGACCAGAAAUAUUGCUGACCACACUCUAUUGCAAUCUGAGCAGCUGCCAAGCGCAGUGGUGGAUUCCCCCCCAAUCCAUCUAUGGCUGACCAUAGGCAUCACCAUUUUGGCCAGGACUAAUAGAAUUCCUUCAAAAUCAAAUGAAGGCCCAUUCAAAACCUUAGAGACUGUUCCCAAAGAACUGACUCCCACCCUUGAUAUUGAUAUUCACUUCAUUUUGAACGAGUAAUAAUUGCUUUAGGAUGUCAAGUUCUACCCUGUCUAUGGUCAAGCCUAGAAAGUCUUGUGAUGGCAAGUGUGUUAAUAGGCAGGAUCAUUUUGUGAAAUUGUAUUUGCUGUUUGAUAGGCAUAUUAGUAGGCCUUCUCACGAAUAUAAUGUAUUGGCAAUUUUUCCAUGACACUAAAUACAGCUAGUCAAUACUAAAGUGCUAUUAAAAGAAAGAGUGUUGCAUGUAACACUUUACAUUCUCAAUCCAUCUUUAUGACUCUGCCUUGCCUAGCUGUUUGACAGAAAAUCCUGAAUAAUGAUUACGAUAUCUUUUUCCAAGAUUUAUGAUAUUAUAAUCCAAAUACCAAAGUACUGGUGUAGUAGAGUUUUGUUCUGGUCGAAUCCUACCUUCUUUUCUUUUUUCAUGAGCUUUUUCGAAUCUCGAAAUUUCGACACUUGUGAUACUAUGUUCAUCUGCAGCUGAUCAACUCGAUCUACUUUUUGAAUCUGAACAUUACGGUAAACAGAGAAAUAUUAGCGUGCCAUAUAUUUUCGCGAUUACAGAUAAUUGCAAAAAUAUAUGUCCGUGAAAAAGAAGAUCUGAUUGAAUUAACUGUUACAGUCGGGAAAGCAAUGUUUGGCAUUCCUGUGAGCGAAAUCUCAGAUCAUUCCAUGUCAAUUAUUAUUGAAAGAAUCUCAUAAUGUGUACUCCUGAACUAGUAGGCCCAUCAACUUUUAGAAGGCCUUCAUGUAGAACAUUGGAGCCUUUGCUCCUCGGUUUUAGCAAUACUCCAAUGGCCUACAAGGUCCAAAUGAUAUUGUUACAAAAUGAUAAUAUGGGUUUGUAAUUUAGUUGCCAUGUGAGAUGUUGAAACUUUUUUGUUUGUAAUGAUGUGUAUAUUUCUGGAUGAAUGCUAUUUAAAGCUUGUAGCAUGGAAUAAGACAUUUAUAACAAUAAAAAUGGGAAUCUCUUACGAAAUGUUUUGUUG